AGAGAGGAGGCAAAGUCAUAUCAAGUAGUGUGCAAUUUGUCCUGCACUCCGUGCGGAUCUGACCAGCAGUCGGUACGAACCAAUGCUGUUACAGACGGGCUACAAACCGUGAACCAAGCCGAUCCACUGGCACCAACGCAACCCACUGGUGAUAUGCAGGUUAUAUCCCACCCUGCUCGAGACAGCGGCGGCGAAGAGGAAUCAGGUGAUAUGGACAUGCCACCGCCUUCCGCACCACCAACACCUCCGGCUCCAAUACCUCCUCCACCAAAUUGUCUUAUUCGCGACAAGUGGCCCUAUUCAUUUCCAGCCGAGCCACCAGUCUUCGACGACGACUAUAGUGGGUCUCGUCCAUAUUCCACCUGUGAACCGGCUACUAUACAUGACUCAAACUUGUAUGAGACACCGGAUCCACUUCCGAAUCCACCGUCAUCACCGCCAACAGCAUCAAAUCGUAGCGUUCAGAGUCAGAGCAGCAUUUCGAGUACAAAGCCUCUGCAGUACGAUGAACCACUCGAGAAUGGUGACGGCGGCUACAAAAAGAAGAGAAAGAGGAAAGGGCGAUGGCGCUGUGCAGCGCUGGGUUGCUGUUGUGGACUGUGCCUGGGUUGCGAGAAGGUGAGCUCCGCAAUCACUCUCGGUUGGGCCCUCCUUGGAAUGGCGAUAGUCGGCAGUGGAGGGUACCUUAUCAACCAGUUCGUUCUCAAUGGCUCAGGUAACCAUGGGAACAGUGUGAACCCAGCUCCUGCCUUCAAUCCACCCGGACCUGGUUUGGUGGUGGUACCCGAGGGUCGGAAUUGUCAUCCGGGAAUACUUCACUCGAACGUCACAGAUGCUGCGUUGAGCAAUCUGGUGGAUGCAACGCUACACCUUGAUGGCAUUAGAAACAAUGAUGAAAGUCUGAGCGUGUCUCCUUCAUUUUUAUCCAUAUUUAAGCAAACAGCGGAGGGUACAGGAUUUGCGGAAUACCGACUGAACGUGAACGGAUUAUCGUUGGAGGAAGCUAGUCUUGCAAUUCAGGAUGUCAUGUACUGUAAUGAUGACGAUGAACCGCUGCUGGGAACGCGCAAUGUGUCCGCGAUUGUGUGCUCUAGAGUGGAAGGUAAUGAUGCUGUUGAGUGUUCUGAACCACUGGUUACGCUGGUCGACAUUGAGCCAGUCAACGACAAUGCACCUAUGAUCGACGCUGUCGUGAUGAGGUGUAUACCUGAUUCUGCAAGUGGCUUCACCAUACCCAGUCCUCUUUCCGCAUCAGACGCGGACAGCGUGAAUCAGGAACAGUCCCUCAGGUACUUCUUUGUUUGUCCCAACAACGACUCUAUGGAAAAUGAAAACGGCACGGAAUUCAUGGUCCCGGCAGCUGAAAACUCUACGUAUGUAAUUCGCUCGGAAUGCAAUGGAAUCAUGCUGAAUGAAACAACAGGCAGAGUCAGUGUGGUUGGUCAGCCACUCUGCCAGCUUCAACCUUGCUACCCGAACGACACCGUUGCCAUUCCCUUUGUAGUGACCGAUGGAAUGUUCAACACCUCUGCCAUCCUGCACUUGACUAUUGUGGAACAGAAUCGUAAUUCUACCGAGAUUGUGCUAACAUCAAAUGGCCUGUCUGUUUCUAAGCAAAAUCCUGCUACCGAAACAUUUGCAGAGGAUACACCCGCAGGAACAACUAUACUUGCGUUAACUGUUGAUGAUGGAGACACUGGUUGUCCAACAAUUGAUAACGAUGGAGACGAGCUCAGGUAUUCCCUUCAACAGGAUUCUCCACCUUUGUUUGAUAUUGAUAACGAGGGCGUCAUUACCCUGGUCGCUAGUCUGGACUUUGAAACAGAAACUAUGCAUACAGUCACUGUGUUUGUCAACGACACUGGAACACCACCCCAUAGCGCAUCAUUUUCUCUAACUGUGAACAUCUUCAAUGUCAACGAUAAUGCCCCUGUUUUUAGUCCAGAUUCGUAUACAGCCACUGUCAGUGAGGCAACUGCACUUGCGGAUGUAUUGGUUUUCACAGCUACUGAUCCAGAUGGUACACUCAAAGAUCUGAUAUUCAGUCUCCAAGGCGAACCAACGAGUGUGUCUGUGGACCCAGUUACUGGUGUUCUGUCAAUUAUUGAUACCAACCUGGACUUUGAAACUGAUGCUGUUAUCACAUUCACAGCAUUCGUGAACGAUUCAAUGUUCACUGAUACUGCUUCAGUUACAUUGAAUUUACUGGACCUGAAUGAUAAUGUUCCAAUGCUGCGAAACAUUAUGAAUAACACAUAUACAAUCCAGGACAGACCCAUUGAUUUGCAGCCCAAUGCUAUUGUUGUGGAUAAUGAUAUAAUUCACCCUAUUGAUCGACUUACCAUUGAUCUUCCAGGAACUUCUGCUGUUACACAGCGCUUGGCUUCUCCACUUCCAUGUGACUGCACAGCCUCACCACUCGGCACAUGUCCCAAUGUCACUGCUCUCAAUCUACUGACACUGAUGACAGGCCCAGUUCCUGUUGACAAUGGUAUUGCUACUUUCAAUGGACUAGCUAAUAAAGUCAGUUUGGCUGAAGUACAGGCCAGCCUUGUGGAGGGCUUUGUACUCUCCGCUUGCAUUAGGAUCAACACAACCGAAUUUGGCUACCUGCUAACUAUUCUGGAUGAUUCUGGUAAUGUUGCCUUCGCUGUGGAACCAAGACCAACUGGAGCUAUUGCGGUCUCAUAUAGAGUUGACGGUGCGAGGCAAACCUUUGAAGUUGUCCAUCCAUCUGCCGACUUGUUUGAUGGGCUUUGGCACAACUUUGCACUCGAAUUGCGAUUCCCCCAACUUCGUCUUCACGUCGACAAUGUACAACAGACUCCAUUCGUACUUCUUCCUUCUCAACGACCCGAUGGCUUACCAAAUAAUCAUAGUGGUCUGGCCAUUGGUUGCCAUAAUGCACAGUGCUUCCGAGGACAAGUGCGAGCUCUGGUUUUCAGAGUGGGAAUCACAAACUUGUUGCACUUUGCAGAUACUCCAGGAUCAUUUGAUGGAACAUCUUUCUCGUUUGGUGGAAUUUUGGGCGAUGAGAGACGAGUAGCUGAGGUUCACAGGCCUGGUAUUCGUACCAACACAGAUAGUUUUGAAGUUCAUGUUGAAUUUGAACUUGGCUUUGCAAUGGGUGCUACAGGUACAGGUGGUGCGCUUGUUAGUUCAGGAAGUGCAUUUACGUGGGGAUAUGGUGUGACAGUUUCAGCGGCCGCAGUUGGAUGGUUUGGCUCAAGAGCCUGCUUUGAAACUUACCACCGUACUUGUGUUGGGUCAUCCAAUGGCCAAUACCGAUCUGGUGGCACCGCUUUUGACUUUGAAUCAAUGGGAGGUAACGUUCAAACAGGAAGGCAUGAGGUCUUAGCUGAGUUCCGACCUGAUUCAAUCACUGUCACUCUUGAUGGAAUGCUAAUUAGAACAUUAAGCCUUUCCCCAGCAAAUGCACCAUGCUUUGCUAACCCUAUUCCAUCUGAUAUUGACUCCCUUCUCCUUGGUGCGCAUAUGAGACUUGAUGCAACUGGCACGGAUAAUCGCUUCACUGGUGAGAUUUUCAAAGCCCUUAUCAGGCCAGGAACAACUACUGCAGCAGAGAAGGCUUGCCUCCAGGAAGGCUGUGGCGAGUGCAGAUGUGGUGGGCGCUGUGACAAUCUGCCAGUUUGUGUUGCAGGUGAUCCAACUAUUGGCUGUAGAUUUGACAUUAGUAAGUAUGGCAAGUGUGGAAUUGAUGCCACUGAUCUAUUGCUUCUAGCCGGUUCGACAUGUACUGAUGGUGAGCAAAUUCUUCAGACAACUGAAACAGGCCCGAACACAACUUUGGAUGCUGCGAAUACAGAUCUUCCAUCGGAUUUCAGUGAGUUUUCAGUGGCAGCUUACUUUGAAAUGGAUCCAUCUCGUGACAGCGGAGUGAUUGUCGUUGUUCCAGGAGUGGUUGCAGUUUCGAUUAAUAACUUUUAUGUCAUUGUAUCCAUCUGCGUUCCCAAUGAAGGGAAUUUUGUGUAUGUACCACUCGAAUUUGUCCUGACGUCAACUGUCAAUAACAAUAUUCUACACCACAUAGCAGUGAGUGGAGAUGCCAACAACAUUGUUGUGUUUGUGGAUGGUGCCAGUCUUGGUACCCAAGCAAGGCCUGCUAAUAGUGGAACAAGUAUCACUGGGAGAAUCUACUUUGGUUUCUGGCCAACGACAACGCAUCCGCGAUUCGUUGGUACUUUACGUGCAGUGACUCUAAGUAACAAGCCACUGAGUCAGUUUGAUGUCUUGUGUGUGGAAAGCUGCGGCUCUUUCAUCACUGUAGCUGACCCUGCUUCUGUCUCUCCCAAUAUCACCAAGAUUGGCAAUGGAAUGUUCAACACUGCAAUUGAUCUUGUUGGCAGGGAAUUCGAUGUUCGUUAUGGUUCUGUCCUUCGCACUAUGCGAUACUACAACUUGUUCUCUGACCCUCGAAAGACAUUACCAUUUGAUCAGUCCCUUCGGAUUGCUGUUUUUGAUAAUGGAGUUUCAUCAGCUGUGGAAACAUCUAUCUCCACAAUAACUGUGCAAUCCGCUGGUACGCCUGUUAUCCGUGCUGGUGAUGGGGAGAUCGACAAUGUUGUUGUUGUUGAAGGUGGAGCUCCAGCACAACUCGUAUCUCCUCAAGUUGUAAUUCUCUUACCAGUGGUACCUGGUCUUCAAGCCAUUGUCAUAAUCAACAGUAUUGAAGGUGGCUGUCCACUAGGAGAAAGUCUAUCUUUGGAUAACUCCAUCAGCAGUACAUGUACCAAUCUGACUAUUGUCAACAGUACUCAGGCAAUUCUGUUGUCAGUCGAUCCUCUCAACACUCUGAGCAAUGCCGUGCGUGCACUCAGGUACACAUGCACUGUACCGAACAUGGUCACCUUCUCCACCAUCUUUACGUUGACAAUCGACAUCUCGGUCCCCGCAGCAGCUUUGGUUGGUGAUACAACAAGUGAUCCAGCCACCAUCAAUAUUACUUCGGUUGCCAUCAUUUGCAACUUCACAACCUUGUUCAUAAAUAAUCAGCAGGAUCUCGAUGAGAAGAUUUCUAACUGUAACACAAUCCUUGGCUCAGUGACCAUUAGGUGCCUUGGAGAAAUUGGCAACUGCACAAUUACGAGCCUCGCGCCUUUCCGCAAUGUUUCUGAAAUUGAUUCACUGACAAUAGUGGACACACCCAUCACAUCGCUGAAUGGCCUGCAGAACGUGUGCAGAUUGGAUGAGCUGAUACUUUCUGACAAUGGGCUGCUAGUGUCAACAGUCGACUUGUUCAGCCACCUGCCCAUUGACCACCCGGUUACGAUGUCACGACUAAUUGUAACUCGAAACAAUCAGCUCAAUAACUUGACCGGUCUCAGUCAAGUGCGCAGCGUAAUGGGCGACCUGUCAAUCCAAGAACUUCCAGGUGUGAUGGACUUGGCAGGACUUGCGGGUUUGGUGCACGCAGGUCAAGCGUCGUUUAGCUUCAUGCCACAGUUACAAUCACUACGUGGUCUGGACAGUUUUAAGACUGCCGUUACCCUGAGGAUAGGUUUUAAUCCGGUUAUGCUAUCGUUGGACGGCAUUGAGUCCCUGGAAAAUGUGACAGAAUUCUUGACCGUUACUGGAAACGAUGUUUUGGUGAGCCUUCAGGGUUUAAGAAAUGUGGCCUUCAAAAGCCAAUUUCGAGUUACCAUCGAAGACUUCUGCCCCAUUCCUGCUAACUCCCUGCCUCCCGGGCAGCCGCUUGUUAAUGCAACAUUUUUUGAAAAUCUCCCAACGCUAUCAAGCACCGUGCAGUGUACAGUGGAGCAGCGAACCGGGUGUCCAAAAUAGCUCUGAAUUCUGCCAGCGGGACUAACUUAUUGGCAGGAGUGUGACUCGAGAUAGAUAACUAGAGUAAUGUGGCGACUCUGGCUGCACAUCACCAUCAUUACACGGCGAAUCAAGCUAGGCACAUUUAAAUUAAUUCAAUUCACAAUUAUCCACAGACCAAGCACCUAGACGGUACAUGUAUAUCCUAUAUUCCUAUCCAUUAAGCACACUGUGUGCUGUGCAUUCGUUGACAUUAUUUUAUCAUCCACUUUAUUAUUAUUAUUAUUAUUAUGGAACUGCCAGUAAUAUAAAAUUCUUAUAAGUCCAUCAUGAUUAGACUCGACCAGACCACACAUGGGUUGCAAAGGAUUGUUGUCAGAGUAAGAAAGCGUGGAUUUGAGCUAGCCAGUCCAUCCUCCGAAAUGCGUUUUCAAACUUUUCAUGCUUUUCUUAAAAUAUUUGUAUUAUUUUAAAAGUGUAUUCUAGCCACUUGAAUAGUCUUUCAGUAAGAUGCCAUGACAGUCCAUUGUGUAUAAUCCAG